CAAACUCUUCAGCUCUCUUCUCAUCGUUCUUUCCAAAGAUUCUCAGGUUCUCUUCGAUCUCAUGGCAUUAUUUCUCAUUCUGUCUCUGUUUUCUGUAAAAUUCGUAUUCUGAAAUCGGUGCUGGUUGUAUUUGCUGAGAUUUCAUGUGGUUGGACCAUAGCAUUUGACAUGGCAAGCUAUUCAGGAAGAGGUGUUCCAUCAAAUGGUUCUGUCUAUGUUUGUAACUUGCCUAAUGGAACUGAUGAAAAUAUGCUGGCUGAGUUUUUUGGCACCAUAGGGCUGCUAAAGAAAGACAAAAGAACUGGUCGACCAAAGAUAUGGUUUUAUCGAGACAAAGUUACAAAUGAGCCAAAAGGAGAUGCAACAGUUACAUAUGAGGAUCCACAUGCAGCAGUGGCUGCUGUUGAGUGGUUCAACAACAAGGAGUUCCAUGGUAGUACAAUUGGAGUUUUUAUAGCAGAGUCAAAGACCAAAGAUGAUCACACAUAUAACUCAGGGAAUAAUGGGGGAGAUCCAAGUGGUGACUAUGCUGUACAGGAGGAAGAUGCUAUGGAUUCGAAUGAGAGUGGAGGAAGAGGUAGAGGUCGGGGUGAUGUUUCAGGGAAAGCAUGGCAACAAGACGGAGACUGGUUGUGUCCGAAUACAAGUUGUUCCAAUGUAAACUUUGCAUUUCGUGGUGUGUGUAACCGUUGUGGAAGUGCUCGACCUGCUGGUUCCUCUGGCAGUGGUGCUGGUGCUGGUGGUCGAGGUAGAGGCCGUGGUGGAAAUGACUCUGGGGGCCGUGGUCGCUCUGCUGGCAGUGUUGGUGCUACUACUGGACUUUUCGGUCCGAAUGAUUGGCCAUGUCCAAUGUGUGCCAAUAUCAACUGGGCAAAGCGCACAAAAUGCAACAUAUGUAACACUAAUAAACCUGGUCACAAUGAGGGUGGGGUGAGGGGAGGACGGGCUGGAGGUUACAAAGAACUUGAUGAAGAAGAAAUAGAGGAAACUAGACGACGGAGGCGGGAAGCUGAAGAAGAUGAUGGGGAGUUGUAUGAUGAAUUUGGCAAUCUCAAGAAGAAAUUCCGUGCCAAAGCACAACAAGCUGAAGCACGACAUGUACUUCCAGGUGCUGGACGUGCAGGGUGGGAAGUUGAGGAACUAGAUGCGACUGAUAAAGAUGGUAGAGACAAAAGUAAAGACAGGGGAAGAGACCGUGAUGAUAGGGAGAGCAGCAGGAGUCGGGACCGGGAUGGUUACACCCGUGAAAGGGAUAGGCGCGGGAGUCAUAGCAGAGAGAGGGAGAAAGACCGUGAGAAAGAAAGGGGUAAAGACAGAAAUAGAGAUAGAGAUAGAGAUUAUGAUCAUAGCCGAGGAAGAGAAUAUGGACGAGAUCGGGACAGGGAUCACUACCGAGAUUAGUAGCUUAGGAGAAUUUUGCCUCCAUCUUGGAUUUUUUUUAUCCUAUAUCUUUAAGCUUCUUCAAGUAAGAAAAACUACGUUGGUCAGGAGGGUGGCAUGAAUUUCAACUAUGUUAGAUUGGAUCUAUUUGAGAUGUCUGACUUUGACAGACCCAUGAAGUGGGAACUCGUGAGGUUCCUUCGACCAGUG